GCUUGAACCUUUGGUUGUUUACUUCCCCCUCACUCUGUCCUCUUCCUUCCAACACCAAAUUCAUCUCUCUCUCUCUCUCGCGAUCUCUCUAGAGAAAGUGUACGCUCUGUUUUGCUCUGCGCCCAGAGAGAGAGAGAGAGAAGAAGACGGAGCAGUUUGGCUCUGAGCUGAGAAACAGGGAGGGGAGGCUGUGUGUGUGUGUGUGGGGCUGCCUGCAGCUGCUUCACAGUUCAAUUUGAAAUAUACGCCAGUCGUAUCUUGUCGUGUCCUCGAGUGGGGGAAGAAAGAGCUUGACUUGGAGCCACAGUCCCAAAAGUAGCGGCAGAAUCUGAAAUGGGUAAUGUUUUCUGGUUUCACCUUCUGCUUCCUUAGAAGAUUCAUCUAGACUGCAGCCAUUUGAAAGGGGGCAAAUUCAGAGAGAGGUUCAUUGUUAGAGAUGGAUAGAGGAGAAAAAAAUGAUCUUGAUCACGAAAAGAGAAAUCAGGAACAUAUUAACAAUUACGGUUCUUCUGGUGUGUCCUUGGACUGGCGGUUUUGCAGUACAACCAUCACGAGUACUCCGAUGAGUUUAGUUGGUCCUGGGAAUUCACUGGGCGGCUGCAAGGAAAAUGUUAUGGGCUCCUCUUCUUGUUCCUCUGCUCCAAUGGUGAACUCUUUCGGCCCUCCAGCCCUCUGGGAUCAACCCACCAGUGUACAGAACAUGGGAUAUUGUGACAGUAGCUUGCAAAACAAUUUGAGCAGUAUGAACCCACUGGGAGGUCCAAAAGUUGGUCUUGGUCCUUCCUCCUUGAGAAGUGAUGUCAGCUGGAAUCCACCUGUCUCAAUGUUGAGAGAGGGGCUUUUUUUGCCUAAUGCUCCGGGAACACUCCCUGAGAGCUUGUCUCAGUUCCCAGCUGACUCAGGGUUCAUCGAGCGGGCUGCACGGUUCUCGUGUUUCAGUGGUGGGGGCUUCAGUGAUAUGGUGAACCCUUUUGGUGGCGUUGAAGGCAUUGGCGUCCCUCCUCACGGAGGGGUGAGAAUGCCUGUAUCUAUGCAAGAAGAAGCAUUUCCUAUUGAUUUAGUGAGGUUAUUGCCUCCUCAGAGGAAUAGUAUUAACACUGUCGAAGCUUCUAAGGAUGCUCUCUUGUCCUCUGUGCCUGAGAAUUGCGAGGUGAGCCAACUAAAACGUGAGGGGAGAAGUGAGGACCUCGUCCGGUCCACUGAUGAGGUACCAAAACAAGUUGUUGGUGGGUCAGGUAAUGAUUCUGAAGAACCCGAAUUUAGUGGAGGUGGUGGUCAAGAUGGAAAGGAAGAAAAGGGAUCUGGAUCAAAAAAGAGGAAAAGAAAUGGACCGAUUGCUGGCUUUGAUGCUAAGGGAGAUGGACAGCCUUCUGAGGAUGUGAAGGAUACUAGUGAAACUCAACAGAAAAUAGACCAAAGUCCAAAUUCUGCCUCAGGCAAGGCAGCUGGGAAGAAUAAUAAACAGGGGUCUCAGGCUUCCGAUCCUCCCAAAGAAGAAUAUAUCCACGUAAGAGCUCGUAGAGGCCAGGCAACAAAUAGCCACAGUCUAGCGGAGAGAGUGAGGAGGGAGAAAAUCAGUGAGAGGAUGAAAUUUCUUCAAGAUCUUGUACCUGGUUGCAGCAAGGUAACAGGCAAGGCAGUGAUGUUAGAUGAGAUCAUCAACUACGUGCAAUCACUUCAACGCCAGGUCGAGUUUUUGUCAAUGAAACUCGCCACUGUGAAUCCUCGGCUAGAUUUUAACAUUGAAAGACUACUUGCCAAAGAUAUUCUUCAUUCAAGAGCCGGCCCUUCGUCUACGUUGGGUUUCUUUCCCAACAUGCCAAUGGCAUAUCCUCCUCCAAUUCAUCCUCCCCCUGCAGGACUUAUUCAAGCGGGUCUAAAUGGUAUAGGGAGUCCAGACAGUCUGAGAAGAACCCUUCAUAACCAAAUCAAUCCUGAAAAUGCUGGAGGAUUCAAGGAGUCUGCUCAGCUUCCGAAUGUAUGGGAAGAUGAGCUCCACAAUGUUGUCCAAAUGGGCUUCAAUGGUGGGAGCGCUCUUCCAAGCGACCAAGAUAAUACCGAUGGUUCCGUCCAAGCGGGUAAUGCGAAAGUAGAAUUAUGACAUGAUUAUGACUCAAGUUCCGUACAUCAGCUGUACAGCUUAUGAUACAAUUAUACUGCAAUGUGAGCAAGUGGUAAUAUGACUGCCUAUCCUCCGGGCUAUGCUAUUAAAGUUUCCUUAUAAUAUAUAUGACCCCCAUAUCACAAGUUCAAGCUUCAGCAGAUCUCAAGUUUCUUGGAGGCGGUGGUUCAACUUCCAAACUGACAUCGUUUAUCAUGUCAUGCCACCUUAUGCUUUCAGUCGCAAAUCCUGAGAGCUCUGUAAAUCGCGCCUAGAAGUCCUUACAAGUUGGAAAGAUCCACUUGGAUAAGAAAGAAUUAACAGUGGGAUUUCUUCUCUCGAUCGGAGAUAGAAUGAAUUACAGUUAGCUUAUGGAGUGAGCUAGGUGAUCCGAACUUUUGGGCUCCAUUUGGGUUGGAGCUUAAGCAUGUUUUGUAAUGGAGGAUGAACGUUAAUGCUCUUUGAAGAUUACUGUUUGAUGUCCAAUGAUCUUUAGUUUCUCCUGAAUAUAGAAGUCCUUGAUUCGUUGAAGAGAUCUGUUCGAACUUUUUAAGUC